AUGAAGCUCAAAAUAGAUGGUUUGCAAGGAUCCAGUACGAACGUUAACCGGAAACGGAGGAGCAAUUUCCUGACGCUGGUGGAGAAGGUUCGCAUAAUUGAAGAUUUUGAAGCAGGAGGUGGUACGCAUGACUUUCUUGGGAAGAAGUACGGCGUAGGAUCUUCUACGGUCACGAGAAUAAUCCAAAAGAAAGAAGCAAUUCGUGAGGCGGUGGACAAGUUCAAGGAAUAUGGUGUAAAUAAUCGAAAAACAUUGAAAGAGCAGACGUUCCCUUUGCUGGAAGAAGCUCUUUACAUCUGGAUUUUACAGCAGCGGCAGUCCAACAUUUUGUUGACAGUGGAUAUUCUUAAAGCAAAGGCGGAGCUGCUGUUUAAGAUGUUCCAGGACCGGGGGCUCUAUGCGGUGCACGGUUUUUCUGCUUCGGAUGGCUGGAUGCAUCGUUUUAAGCAGCGGUUUGGAUUGCGCGUGAAAGCCGUAACAGGAGAAAAGGCAUCGGUAAACGUUGAAGCGUACCUAAAUUUCAAGAAGGUUCUACAGAAGAAGAUUCAGGAAAUGCAGCUAUCACUAUCCCAAGUCUUUAAUGCAGAUGAAUCUGCCUUGUUCAUCAAGCUCCUAGCCACACGCUCUAUCGUUACCUGUGAUGAGACCGUGGCAAGCGGACGGAAGCAAAACAAGACAAGGUAUACGUUUAUGCCUUGCUCCAACAUAGAUGGUUCCCUAAAGCUUCCGUUGUAUUUCAUUUGCACUGCUGCAAAACCACGAGGAAUCAACAUCGAAGAACUUCCCGUUUCAUAUAAUCAUUCCAAAAAGGCUUGGAUGACCAGACUGUUGUUCCGUCAAUGGUUCCACGAAGAGUUUGUCCCCGCUGUUCGAAAAUUUUCGGCCGAGAGAGGAUUGGAGCCAAAGGCAUUGCUGGUUCUUGAUAAUUGCACCAGUUAUUAUGACGUUGACGAAUCUCUACAGAGUGACGAUGGACUGAUUCAAGUGAUCUACCUCCCACCAAAUGUAACUGCUGAAUGCCAGCCGAUGGACCAAGCGGUCAUCAAUGCAGUCAAGCGAAAGUAUAAAAGAAAACUGAUGCUCGCAUUAAUUCUGGAAAACGAACACUUAAGUUUCGAAGAACGAUUGAAGAAGAUUAAUCUUCAACAGUGUAUUUCGUGGUUGGCAACCUCUUGGGAGGAGAUAUCUGACAAAACUAUACGUAAUUCGUGGAAGAAAUUGAUCGAUGGUUUGCCGGAGGAUGCUGUUAAUGUAGACUCGAAAGCGGCCGAUGAUGACUUCAAAGCGCUUGUGUCCAGGAUUGACAGUUUGGCAGGAACAAAAACAUCUGAGCAAGAUAUUGAUCUGUGGAUCAAAGAUCAGGUGUAUGAUGCUGAUCAUAAUCCAGAUUGGGUAACCAGUGAAGUGUUCUCUGAUGACGAGAUUUUGUCAUCAGUUCUCAAGAAAGAUCAACCUGAAAUGCAAGAAGAAUGGUUGGUAGACACAAAAGAUUGA